AAGGAAGGGUCCUGAUGGGGCGAGUCCACCUCUCUUGGAUGGUCUUGCGAGUAUCGGAUCUUUGAGCCUAACCAACCUGAACCAGCAUACAGAGGAAGGAAACCGAAGCACUCUGUCUGUCCCUCUCUCUCGCCAUUAUUAAGCUUCCGAGAAAGAGAGAGAGAGAGAGAGAGAGAGAGAGAGAGAGAGAGAGAGAGAGAGAGAGAUAGAGAGAUUUCGAUGCGGCUCUGAAGACUAUCUCCGCGAAGAAAGCAUAGCUUAAACUCUGGUUGCACUGGAGAGUGAUAGGCCAAGUUUUACUGGAGGGCCUGUACCAGUAGGAAAUUAUUGGUGGAAAAUACAUAAAGAUGAAGUUUGGGAAAGCUUUUAAGAAACAAAUGGUGCCUGAGUGGACAGAAGCCUAUAUGGACUAUAAUGGUCUUAAAAGAGUAUUACGGGAGAUCCGGCGCUCCAAGCAGAAUAAGCAACCUGCAAUGGCCUCAGGUGCCUCCCAGCAGAGAUUGUACAGGGCCUUCAGUGGGCUUAACUUACAACCUGGUGAACGGCAGAAUGAGGAGGAUGUUGAGGACCAAGUAAUAUCGGUAAACACAAUGCAAAAAGAGGGUUCCAGGAAAUUUUACAAGACCAAGUUCCUUAUGCAGUCUGAAGAAGGAGGGGAGAAUGAGGUUAGGUUCUUCAGAAAACUUGAUCAAGAGCUCAAUAAGGUCAAUACUUUCUACAAAGACAAGGUGGAGGAGGUGAUGAAUGAAGCAGUUUCAUUGAAUAAACAAAUGGAAGCUUUUAUUGCAUUACGGAUCAAGGUGGAAAACCCAGAUGUUGAUGGCUCUAGUUUUAAGAAAUGUCAUUCCACAGGUAUCUCUAGCGUCCCACCCUUAAGAAUCACUUCACCGAGCAGACCUUCGACUUCAGGAAUUGAGCAUGUGGACGUGCGAUUCGGAGUUGAGAUGAGUGAUGAAUGUCAAUUAGAAGAUGCUAUUGACAAUAGGAGGAGUGGUGCGAAGGAGCAGAAAGAUCCAUCAAUUCAAGUGGAUAUGAGUAGUAAUCAUCGGCCAGAAGUGUCGAAUGACCGUGGAGAAAAUUUUGUUCACACCAGUAGUUGUAGGAGUGUCUGCAUAGAGGAGGUGCACAGUAACGAUGAUCAAACAGCUCACUUCGAAAUUCUUGAACGUGUAAAAAUUAAUAAUACACUUGAAACUCCUAUGUCCACCAUAAAAGGUGUCUUCAAGGAUUCCAAAGAAGAGGAAUUGAGUUAUAAAAAGGAGGAGCUGAGGACUGUUGAAGAACGACUGAAACUUGUGUUUAUAGAAUUCUACCAGAAACUUCGUCUUCUAAAGCACUACAGUUUUAUGAACCUCUCUGCAUUUUCCAAGAUCAUGAAAAAAUAUGAAAAGAUCACAUCCAGAAGUGCAUCCAGAUCAUACAUGCAAACAGUGGACGAUUCUUACCUUGGCAGUUCAGAUGAGGUGAUUGGUCUUUUGGAGAGGGUGGAAACUACUUUUGUCAAGCACUUUUCAAACUUAAACCGCAGGGAAGGCAUGAAAUCCUUGAGGCCAAAAACAAAAAGAGAGAAACAUCGCAUAACAUUCUUCUCAGGUUUCUUUUCUGGGUGCUCAGUUGCACUUCUGGUUGCUAUCAUUCUAAUUAUAGAAGCUAGAAAUGUCAUGGAUAAGGAGGGACCUUCGUACAUGGAAAACAUUUUCCCGCUUUACAGUUUAUUUGCUUAUAUUGCCCUACAUAUGCUAAUGUAUGCCACAAACAUAUACUUCUGGAGACGUUAUCGGGUGAACUAUCCAUUUAUAUUUGGUUUCAAGCAAGGAACUGAGUUGGGUUAUCGAGAAGUCUUCCUUCUUAGCACUGGGCUAGCAGUUCUUGCACUUGCCAGUUUUCUCACAAACUUGCACAUGGAUUUGGAUUCAAGAGCUCGACAUUACCGGAUUUUGACUGAACUGGUUCCUCUGGGAUUAGUUUCUAUUGUUCUUGUCAUAACCUUCUGCCCUUUCAACAUCAUAUACCGUUCAAGUCGUUUCUUCCUUAUCCAAUGCAUAUUUCGCUGUAUUUGUGCUCCACUCUACCAGGUUACUCUUCCAGAUUUUUUCUUGGCAGACCAACUUACAAGCCAGGUCCAGGCCAUAAGGUGUCUUGAGUUUUAUAUUUGCUACUACUGUUCGGGGGAAUUCUCUCGCAGACAAAACAAGUGCCAUAGUCGUGAUGCCUACAAUGUUUUCUACUUCAUUGUGGCAGUUAUACCAUACUGGAUCCGUUGCCUCCAGUGCCUCCGCCGAUUGUUUGAAGACAAAGAUGCAAUGCAUGGAUACAAUGGUUUGAAAUACUUCUUGACAGUUGUUGCAGUUGUCAUAAGAACCGCUUUUGAACUCAAAAAGGGAAUGACCUGGAAGGUGUUGGCUUUGAUCAGCUCUGCUAUUGCAGCAAUAAUGAGUACAUACUGGGACAUUAUGGUCGAUUGGGGACUUCUGCAAAGAAAGUCAAAGAACUUUUGUUUGAGAGACAAACUCUUGGUCUCGCACAAGAGUGUCUACUUUGCAGCAAUGGUUUUAAAUAUUCUACUUAGGUUUGCCUGGUUGCAGCUGGUAUUGAAAUUUAACGUGCGCUCUCUGCAUGGAAAGGCCUUAUCAAUCAUAGUUGCUUGCCUAGAAAUCCUUCGCCGUGGCAUUUGGAACUUCUUUAGGUUGGAGAAUGAGCACUUGAACAAUGUUGGCAAGUACAGAGCAUUCAAAUCAGUCCCACUUCCAUUCAGUUAUUGUGAUGACGACGACAGCGAGAAGAAUGAUUAGGCAAUCUUACAUUGAAACCAAGACCUGCGACACAAUUGAGAAGAUGAUUAGCAAUCUUAUACUGAAACCAAGAUCUGUGAGGCAAGUAGUGUCACCCGAAGGAUGAUCCGCAGUCUCAGAAAAUCUUUCCAAAUUGUGUUCAGGAUGCACAUUACACACCUUUGGGAGGCAGUGUCAGAAGGCCCCCCACCCCUUGGCCGACUAGGAGGAGGAACGACAAGCUGGAAACGCCAAUCGGACACGGGUCUCAGCCACACAAAUUUGGAACAGCUUCAAGUAUCCAAUUGCUUUGAUCUCAAUUUAUCAUGAAGAAGCUGUAAAGACCUGCAUCAGAAAUCAACGUGCUUUGGAACAGUAGAAAUUUUUUUUUUUUUAUAAAUUUCUUCUGGCUCAUUUGAAAGCCAAUUAGUUACACCUUCGAAAAGCAGAAAUUCACAUUCUUUCUCUGAAAAAAUCCCCUAUAAAAUUUUGGAUAAGGGUGGAUUGUCAGCCUGUGUCAUUUUCCGAACUCAAGUCACAACCUUGUUCCUCUAUGCGCGAGGAAUCGAAGCUGUCCCUUAAAUGUGCGCUUUGGCAGGCAGCAGAUUAUUACUCCAAAAUGGACCACCAAAGACUAUUGUUUUUUAUUUUAUUUUGAUCAAAUGGGUAAAUGUAUUGAUCAACUGUAUAUAUACAACUACUCUGGGCAUACCCAGGUCAACCAGAUACAAGUGAGAUAAAUUGAAUAUGCAUCCAAAAC